UUGCAAUUUUCAGCUUUCUACUUAUUUGUGCUUCAUUGCCACAGAUUUUUUCGGUUUUUAACUCGGGUUUCAGGAGAAGAGCGACGUCGACGAUUACUAAGUUGUAUUCUUCUCAUUGGUGGUGGAGCAGCAGGCUUUGGUGGUUACUGUUUGCAGCGUAUGCUUUUGGCUCAGCUUACCUCCAUGCUUCCUGGAUCUUCUAACCUAAGCAGAUCUGAUUCUGAUGCUGACGAAUCUACUCCCCACUCUUCAGUCACAUUAAAUAAAACAACUGGAGACGUUCGCGAGAUUACUUCCCAGGCUCCACCCAGCGGACACACUGUUCCUAGUCUCUCUUCUAUUCGACAUGCUCAAAAUUCUGCUGAAUUUCCGAUUGAAGUUCUUCUUCGUCCUUCUGAGGAGGCGGCUAAUAUGGCCUGGUUUGGGGCGCGUCUUUUGCUAACUGCCGAUUCCACAUCAGAACUAUGGAUAACACCUGCUGAGUGGCAUCGCUUUGGCUCCCGCACACUCAGAGAAAAGGCGCCUUUUCUUUGGUGA